AUGAGAAUUCGUCAGCAGUUUCGCAGCAAUGUAAAACAGAAGGCUCGCGUUGGAGACCUAUCUGAUAAGAGCUGUCUGUUCUCAGCCUGCGGGCCGGGUACCUACAAGGCCUCUUCCAUGGACGCCUACUGCACCAAGUGUCCUCCUAACAGUUUCUCCCAUCAGGAGAAAGCCUCCGAGUGCUCCUGCGAGAAGGGAUUUUACAGAGCUGACAUGGACCCGCGGUCAAUGGCCUGUACCCAACCUCCAUCUGCAGCCGAGAACCCCAUCUCCACCCUCAACGACACCUCUGUGACUUUAGAGUGGAGUCCUCCCAGAGACAGCGGCGGCCGAGGGGACGUCACCUACAACGUCCACUGCAGGAAGUGCGCCAAUGACGGCAAGACAUGCAGCCCCUGCAGCAACAGCGUCCACUUUGUACCUAGACAGUUUGGUCUCUCAAUCCCUAAAGUGUUGAUCACAGACCUGCUGUCCAACACCAACUACACCUUCAGCAUAGAGGCGGUGAACGGAGUGUCCGAUCUGAGCCCGACCCCUAAACAACAAGUCACUGUCAACAUCACCACCAGUCAGACAGUGAAUGUGAUCCUGAAGGAGAGAAAGAGUAAAGACAGUAUCACACUGGCCUGGCAGGGACCCGACAGACCAAACGGAGUCAUUGUGGAAUAUGAAGUCAUCUACUAUGAGAAGAACCAAAGAGACCAGAACUACACGGUUCUGAAGACCAAAGCCCACACAAUGACAGUGGAAGGACUGAAGCCAGGCACCACCUAUGUGUUCAGAGUGAGGGCGCGCACUGAUGGAGGCUACGGCAACUACGGUGGGGAGAUAGAGCUGGAGACCAGUCAUGAGGAUAUGCUGGCCAUUGGGGACCCUAACCAGUCCACAAUCCUUGCGGUGUCUGUAGCCGGUGGCAUUGUGCUCCUUAUCUUCCUGGUGGCGUGUUUUGUAGUGAGCGGACGACAUUGUGGCUACAUUAAAGCGAAGCAAGAUCCAGAUGAAGAAAAAAUGCAGUUUCAGAACGGGAGAGUGAAAUUGCCAGGAAGCAGAACAUACAUUCACCCCCACACUUAUGAGGACCCAAAUCAAGCCAUCCGGGAUUUUGCCAAGGAAAUCGAUGCCUCCACUAUACAUAUAGAGAGAGUUAUAGGUGCAGGUGAGUUUGGUGAGGUUUGCAGUGGCCGUCUGAAGCUCCCCAGCAAGAGAGAAAUCUACGUGGCCAUCAAAAGUCUAAAGGCAGGAUACUCAGAGAAGCAGAGGCGGGACUUCCUGAGCGAGGCCAGCAUCAUGGGUCAGUUCGACCACCCCAACAUAAUCAGACUGGAGGGAGUCGUUACCAGAUGCAAGCCCGUGAUGAUUAUUACAGAGUACAUGGAGAAUGGAUCGUUGGAUACUUUCCUGAAGAAACAUGAUGGGCAGUUCACGGUCAUUCAGCUGGUGGGGAUGAUGCGUGGAAUCGCUUCAGGAAUGAAGUGUCUCUAUUCUGCUGUGAUUAAAGCUAUAGAUGAGGGUUACAGGCUGCCUGCUCCAAUGGACUGUCCCGUAGUCCUCCACCAGCUGAUGUUGGACUGCUGGGAGAAGAGCAGAAGCGAACGGCCCAGAUUCAGGCAGAUCGUGAACACUCUUGACAAACUGAUCCGCAACCCCAACAGUCUGAAAGAGCUCGCCAACAGCUCAGUCUGGGAAGACCCCACCACCCCAGAGUUCAAUGUGAGUACGGUGGAUGAAUGGCUGGACGCCAUCAAUAUGGGCCAAUAUAAAGACAACUUCGCCAGCGCGGGCUACGUUUCUCUAGAUUCCAUACUGUACAUCAGCUUGUGUGAGUUAAGCAAGAUGAGCGUGACUCUGGUUGGGCACCAAAAGAAGAUUGUCUCAGCCGUCCAGAGUUUGCAUGCACAAGGGACUCAUGUGCAAAUAUAACAAGCCUUCUCCACUGCCUGAGAGCGUACAGACUGAGAGUUACCAACUGCUCCCACCACACUCCCUAUAAGCAGCUUCACCGUACAGUUCCCACCCUGGAUGUUUCCACAUACAACCCUUUUGUCAGCGCUCUGGUUUCCGUCCAUGCACGUCCGAGCUUCCUACAGGCAGAGGGACACACUGAGACUGAUCUACAAUCGCUUGACAAGGCCACGGCAAAUCAGAUAUGAAGUAUGGUUAUUAAACACAAAAAGGGAACAAUAAUACAUUAGGGAGAAUUCCCAGCUUGUGUUUUACAGUUUCAACAUUUUGCAUUUCAUAUUUGACGUUUUGCAUAUCAGAGGUUGGACUGUUAUUCUUAAAA